UUAAAUUAAAUUUAAAGUUCUUUAAAAAUUACUUCAAAGACACCAUGCUGCACGACAUGCAUAAAACUCUUACCUACUUGCAAUUAGAACUGAACUAUUUUAUUAUAUUCAGAAAAAGUAAAACAACAACAAUUUCUCAGGAUCUGCUGUUGCGCAAGCUUUUUAAAAAUUUAAUUUUAUAGUUUCAACUUCAUCAAUUUUCUUCUCCGUCAAUUCUACAUACUGGCAUAACAACUUUCUACGAUGUAAGGAGUGGUCGGGUAACUGAGCAGCAGGGUAACUGGGCCAUACCCUCUGUAUUUCUACCCUAUCAGUGCUAAAAUUGUUUUCACAGCUAAUAUACCUUCAUUAUGACGUAAGCCAUCUAGAACAUUAUACAUAACCUCAGAAAUUUUUUUUUUUUUUGGUGAAUGGUGAUGUGCCGAAAAUUGAACAGCUUUUUUCUCAAAACAACUUCGCAGGUGUUCCUGGGAAGAGCCUCAUAUCUCACUCCAAUCAGUGAUUUACUUGUUGCAGAGGACCAUAAAAGAAAAAUCUUGGUCACAUAUCACGAGUUGGAGAACAUGUCGCACAAACUAGUCCCCACUCUGAGAAAGAAGGUGGUUGUAGAUUAUCUCGAUGUCCGGCACGACGAUCAACCAACGACACAAACCCUGCUCCUAGUGUUAUGUCGCCAAGUCAGCCAGCAACCACUGAAGCAGGCUGACUCAGGUAGGGCAUGAGUUAGAAUUUAAACAUGAUUCAACGCGUCAUACUGCUUCGCACACAUAGUGUUACACAUUAGAACUUUUGCUACUUCAUAGUGCUGAGACAACAGCACAAUGGUAUCCUUGGUGGAAAACAACUCAAUCGCCAAAACUUUUACCUUCCUUAAAAGGUUAAAUGAGAGGCAAGACCACCAAGAAUGCAAUUAAAUCCACGUUUUAAAACAAAUGUUCUAAGAGACAGAAUUGCCAAAUUGUAACUCAUUUUGGUCUAAAAUAAUCUAAAUUUUUGUGCACUAAAAAAAAGGAAAAGAGCACACGACUUGGCAUAAUACAAUUGAUAAGUAAAGAAAACAGAGCUAGCUGAACAAUUUAGAUAAAACAGAAUCAAACGUGUGCGUACAAAUCAGUAUGUAAAGCGUGCUAACAACCAAACUUGUCUAUA